UCUCCAGUCAACUUCCCAGUGAAUUUAUGGUCUUGUUAACAGUAGUUGAUGAUCAGUCGCUUCUUGUCCGCCCUCUGAAAGCAGCUGAUUCCAAAACGGGCAGCGCUGCCGUUUCUGAGUCCAGAGUGGAUGGCAUCUCUCGCUUCUUCCGCGGGAGCCCUCUCCAGCAGGAUUCAUACAGCAACAAGCUCGCUGUAACUGCGGACAUACAUGGGUGUUUCUCCGGGCGUAUAUUUCCACGCAUUUUCCUCCACUGUGCUUGCACAGUUUCGGCAAGGGAUCGAGUCAGCGACUUGGUGUUUUUUCCGCGUUUUCUGAUAACUUUGCGUUUGGACACUGAGAGCUCUUUUUCAAUUAUUUAUUCUAUCAUUCGGAUUUGUGUACCUCUGUUGGACAUUUGCAGGAAUGGUUGGCAGGAGCGCGCCGCGUCCGCCUGCCUUUAGGAAGCAACUUCAGACAGACGCCGCUCGCAUGAUUCUUUGAAAGAAAAAGAGAAAUAUACACGAGGAGGUGAUGAGCAACCACAGAGGCGGCGGAAUGGCAUCGAAGGAAAGGCUGUACGAGCUGUGGAUGUUGUAUUACACAAAGAAAGAUGUAAGCUACUUGCAGCAGUGGCUUGAGGCAUUCGUGGCAUCCUUUGAGCGGCUCAUCGAUGUACACUCUCUGGAGCCUCGGAGGCUGGAGGAGAGCAGCUCAGAAGUGCCUCUGCUCCCCAGGGAGGUCCUGGUGUUCCUCAGCACCCAGCUAUGGCACAGCGCGCUCCACCUCUCCAGCGCCACCGAGGACAAUGGCAACACGCCACACCCGCUGCUCCUUAUAAAGUUCUUUAUCAUCGUCUGCAGGAACAUGGAGAACAUCGAUCCUGAAAAGACACCCAGCUUUGUUUUUGAAACUAUCAAGCUUUUAAAUUUCUGUUUGGAGCAGCUAAAGAAGGGACAAGGAGAGAAGUCAUCACUGGAGCAGGUGGUUCAGUAUGGACUGGUGCUCUGCGAGAGUCUGUUUGACCCUUAUCAGACGUGGAGGAGACGUCUGGCAGGGGAGGAGGUGAGUUUGCUGGAGAGGAACAAGUACAAGUUCUCCCCACUGGCCUUGCCUGAAGAGUUGCCUGCUCUGUUUCACGAGAGUCUCCAGGAUAGUGAAAAUAUCCCAGAGCUCCUUAUACUCAGACUGGUUCAUCUCCAAGGUGCUGUCAUCAGUGGGGGGAAGAAAAAUGGCCUCCUUUCCAUCAGCCCACAGUCUGUUGAGGACCUGUUCUCCGUCCUGCGGGUGUGGUGCUGCCGGAUCUCUGCCGAAUCUAAAGAGACAAAGCUCCCUCGGCUGACGCUGCAGUGCCUGACAGCGAUGAUCCACCUCCUGCAUUCCAGCAGUCCUGUGGAGCGGCAGGUGGAGAUCAAGACGAUACUGGAGAGCUACUUCCAACUCCUAAACUGGAACCGCCCACUCAGCAGUGACCAGGAAGACAGGCAGAGCUGGGAAGAGAGCCUGAUAUUACUCCAGAGCCAAAUGCUGACUGCUGUUCCUGAGAUCCUGCAGUGCGCCGACAGACCCGUCCUGCAGGCCGUCUUCCUCAACAACAACUGCUUUGAGCACAUCCUCAGACUGAUUCAGAACAGCAAGCUCUUUCAGAGCAGCAGGUGUGGGCCGGAGCGUGAGGUUGUGUGUGACCUCACCACACAUUUACUCACAGAUGUCAAAGUGGACCAGGUGUUGGAGAAAGGAGCAGACAGUAUAACAGUCCAUGCCUUGGGGGUCCUUACAGCAAUAAUGAGCAACUCACCUUCUGCGAAGGAGGUUUUCAAGGAGAGGAUCGGCUACUCCCAGCUGUUUGAUGUGCUGAAGAGUCAAGGUCAACCCACCAAGCGGCUGCUGCAGGAGCUGAUGAACAUGGCAGUGGAGGGCGAGCACGUCCACGCUCAUCAUCUUGGCAUUAGCAACGACCAGCCCUUGCUGCUGCUCCUGCAGUGGCUGCCUGACCUGUCCGGUCAGAGGGACCUCCAGCUGCUGGUGGCCCAGUGGCUGGCGGCCGUGUCCGGAGGCUCCAGGUCGUGCCGCACCGUGGCUGUGGAGGCUGGCAUGGUGGGCGCCUUACUGCAAGUGCUCUCCCAACCCCAGAGUCUGGACAGGCAGUGUGCAGACGCCCUGCUGGGCCUCUUGCAGGACCUGGGUUCUCUCUGUAUGAGACCAGAGGAGCUGAAGAGCCUCCUUAGACUCCUCAGGAUGGAUCAGGACAGCGGUGCUGUGGGAGGGAAGAUACACCCUUAUUGCACCCGUAUGAUAUGCGUGCUUUCAGCCAUGGCAGCCAGAGAGGGCCGGGACAGCGCUCUGCAAUAUUUUGAUCUCACACCGCCUAUGGCAGGGAUUAUGGUCCCGACAGUCCAGCGCUGGCCAGGGAGUGGGUUUGCAUUUCAUGCUUGGCUCUGCCUCAACAUGGACUUCCCAUCUUAUCACUCCGAGUUCUUUAAUAACAAUAAACAUCCUUCCAACACUGACAAGGGGUCUCAAUAUGACAUGGGAAAAGGGCCACGCAGAAAGCAACUCUAUAGUUUCUUCACAGCAAGUGGAACUGGGCUAGAGGCAUUUUUCACCAUGGAGGGUGUGCUGGUAGUAGCUGUUUGCACUAAGAAGGACUACAUGGCUGUUGCUUUGCCUGAAUACCCACUCAUUGACUCACGCUGGCAUUCAGUGGCUGUAGUCCAUAUACCAGGGCGGCGACCUUUUGGUCAGAACCUGGUAACGGUCUACAUCGAUGGAGAGCAACAAAAAACUGCUCAGCUUCGUUUUCCAUCUUUUAGUGAGCCGUUUAUCUACUGCGGCAUCGGCUCCGCAGGCCACCGCACCACUACCACCACCACGUCGCCGAACCUUCCCUCAUCCUUCACGACCUGCCCGUCACCAGAGUUUGCCUUCCCGCCCCACGCUCCUUCCCUCCUCCGCUCCCAAUCCUUCCCAGCGUCCUUGGCGGGAGGGCGGUGGGGGUCUAUGGCAGACUCCCCGGUGCACACCAUUUCAGCAGGACUGCAGGACACAGAGUGGGGAUCGCCGACAUCUCUAGAUGGGCUGCUGGGCACGGCCUUCAUCUGCCAUGAGGCUCUGCAGCCUGCCCAGGCGCGAGCGCUGCAUGCGGCAGGACCCAAUCACGUUCCCUUAUUCAAAGCGGACGGAGAGUUGUCAGAGCUCAACAGCAAGCUGCUGCUGUACUACACUCCACAGGCUUUUAAGAGUCAGAUAUGUCUGGAUCUGGCGCCUCAUCACCAGCAUGAUGGCAGACUAACAGGACACAGAGUGGUCACCUGGGACACCAAGGAUGUUGUGAAUGUGAUGGGAGGAAUCGGGGUUUUGCUGCCGCUGCUCGAGCAGGUGUGUGAAGCCGAGCAGGUUUACAACGGCGGUCAGGAGACUUCAGACUUGCUGGGACCAGAGCUCACUUCCUCCCGAGGCCCCGCCGCUUUGCUGCUGCCUCUUAACAAAUCCGCAGAAGGCAGACUUGAGAGAAACAGCAUCGCUGCCUUCCUGCUGAUGGUGAAAAACCUGAUUCGUCACCACCCCGUCAAUCAGGAGAGUCUGCUGCUGUGCCACGGCCCCAGCAUCAUCGGUGCCAUGCUCAGCAAAGUUCCAGGCACUAUGAUGGACAUGAACGUUCUCAUGGCAUGUCAGCUUCUGCUGGAGCAGGUUUUUAAUGAAGGCAACAGCCCGCUGCUGCAGCAACUCUACCAGCACCUGCUUUUUAACUUCCGCAUCUGGACCAGGAGCCAUUUUGCCGUUUGUUUGGCACAUGUGCAAUACCUGUCAUCUGUGAUAAACAAAAGCAAGCAGCGCAUGAAGAGGAAGUACGGGGUCCAGUACCUUCUGGAUACUAUUCGGACGUACUACGGUGUGGAGCAGGAUGGCAGCCCUCUGUCUGAUGAGAAACAGACGAUUCAGACGUCUCUGUUUUCGCUGCUGAAAGAGUUCCUCAAGUCUCCGACAGCAGAGGAGCUUCACAGCGUCCUCGCCUACAUCCUGACAGUGGGAGAGGAGCAGCAGGUGGUGAAGGCCUUGGAUGUGCUGUAUGAGCUGCUGAGGAGCAGCCCUCCUCGGGAGCAGGUGCAGGCUGUGCUGCUGGAGUGGGGCGUGGAGCAGCUGUACAGCCUGCUGCUCACAGCGAGCUUUGGGGACGAGGCCAGAGAGAGGGUGUUCAGGGUUUUGUACAAAAUCCUCAAGAGUGAGAAAGUCUCAGAGCGCAACAAGCAACGAAUCAAGCUAAAGGAUUUUGGUUAUCUCGGCCUGGUUUGCUUUCUUGAAGAUAUGCCUGUGUCCAUGAUUACUGUACGCUGUUUAUAUGAGCAGGUCCUUGCUACAGAUGCCAGCCCUAAUUUCAGAGACCUCCUGGCUGUGGUCUGUCUGUCGCAUCGAGCUGAGCUCACCGUCCGACUGGACGUCUGUCGCAAGCUCUUUCAUCUGAUCUACUCCAACGAGGAUUACGUGAAGCAGCUCGCCAAGCAGCCGGGCUGGCAGGAUGUUCUGACCAAACUCUACGUAAAGGAGUCCUUAGAAGUCCACGCUGUGUGCAUCUCAGACUCUGGCAACCACGCCUCCUUUGCGCCGAGCUACCGGCCACCGCUGCGCCGAGAGCAGUCUGUGGUCGUCGAAGACUCGCGCACCGACAUCUACAUGAACUAUCGCAACUCGAGGGACAUCGAAGAUGAGGAGGAGGACGAUGAAUGUGGUCCCCGGGACAUCUCUGAGGGGUUUUCUGAUUUAUCCCAGUCGCCACCCAGUGGAGGAGGAGGCCAGCUGAAGAACUAUGGCAGCUCGCUUCAUUUUAAGUCGUUUGAUUCGGUGGAUCAGGGGAGCCACUCCUCCUCCGCCUCCAAUCCGGUUGACAUCGUCUCGCCUCGGCCGGAUGAUGAGGGAAGAGACUACCAGCCGCUCUCCCCGUUUGGCACUUCUCCCUUUGAUUUGGAGUUAGGGGGCGUGGGGGACACUGGCACACACACCCCAGCAGGAAGUCUGACCAACACGCCUUCUCCUCUGGAGCACUCCAAACCUUUCCCACCACUAAGGCCGAGAAAGAGCUCCAGUUUGUCUAAUAUACUGGAUGACACCAGCUAUGGGACAGACCCUCCUACUGGAGACACCAUCUCCAAUACGUCCAAUCCUCAGCAGACCCCCGAGGAGGAGCUGUGCAACCUGCUGACCAACAUCGUCUUCUCCGUGCUGUGGAGCGGGAGCGGGGCCGAGGGGUCCGGGGACGCAGUGUGGAGGGAGAGGGGACAGGUGUUUUCUGUUCUCACCAAACUGGGCUCCUCCUGCCAACUGGUUCGCCCUCCUGAUGAAAUCAAACGCAGUCUUCUGGAAAUGAUGCUGGAGUCGUCCUUGUCAGACCUGAGGGACGCACAGGGAGUGUCUCUGCCCUUCUGUCCCAGUCUGGUGCGGCUCCUCAGGCUGCUGCAGGACUUCCUGUUUGCCGAGGGGACAGACAACCGAACGCUGUGGAGUGAGAAGAUCUUCGAAGGGGUGGUGAACCUGCUGGACAGGUUGCAGGCCUGGCACAGCACCCCCGGCAGCCCAGGAAACACAGAGCUGAAGGAGAUGGCCCAGAUCGGCCUGCGUAUCAUCACAGGAUACAUCCACCAGCAGAACUCGCAGGUGUGUGAAAUGGCCUAUUUGAAGCUCCACAGUCUCCUGCAGACUGUUCUGUGCCUGAGCUGGGAGGAGGUCUGCUUCUUGCUGGGAAAGCUUGGCGCCCCCUUGUGGCCAGAAGGUGUAACGGAAGACUCCAACGUCAGUUGUUCUGAGACUUUCGCCCAGCUGGUGCCCAUUAUGAGGACUCUGCUGGCCCAGCACGCAGACCCCAUCACCCUCCAGAACCACUUGCCCAACUUGCCCAUCACCAACGGGAGCACCACCUUCGCCGAGGACCUGAAGGUUUACUGUAAAGCGCUGGAGUGGCAGAGCUUUUACCAGCAGAAGGUUCAGCCCACCAUGGAGCAGUACGAACUGGACACAUUUGGGCGUAGUCAUGAUAUCAUGUCCAAUUUCUGGAACUCGUGUUUUGACGAUCUAAUGAGCACAGCAUUUAAACGGGAAAAGGACAGAUCUGACAGCAAGUCAAAGUUUCAGGAGGUGAUAAUUAACCCCUGCAUGAAGCGAGUUCGCAGUGAGAGCAACAGAUAUGUGAUCUGGCAGAAGCAGAACGCCAGCCAGCAGGGGGUGGUGUGGCAGCACUGGAGAGCUCUCCGCAGGCUGUUCACCUGUGAGAGGGGGCCGUGGGCCAACAGAGUUCAGCCAGAGGUGAAAUGGAAACUGUCCGCUGCUGAAACGUAUUCAAAGAUGCGACUCAAACUUGUGCCCAACUACAACUAUGAUUCCCACAGUGAGGCCAGCGCUCUGAGGGACAACAUGGGAGCUGAAAGCCCUCGCAGCUCUGAUCCGAUCCCAUUGGCUGUGGCUAAGGAAGCGAAAGUAAGCGACAUGGAGGAUGACCACUUGGAAGAAGAGGACUUCGUCUUUUUGGAUAACAAAGGGGAAGGAGAAGACGAGAAUCAGAAAGAGAAACUGGUUCUGUCUGAGGACUGUGAGCUCAUCACCAUCGUGGCCGUGGUGCCGGGUCGGCUGGAGGUCACCACGCAUCAUCUGUACUUCUAUGACGGCAGCAGUGAGAAGGAAGAGACCGAGGAGGGAAUCGGGUUCGAUUUCAAGAGACCUCUGUCUCAGCUUCGGGAGGUCCAUUUGAGGAGAUACAACCUGCGACGGUCUGCGCUGGAACUUUUCUUCAUUGACCAGGCCCAUUACUUCAUCAACUUCAGAAAGAAGGUACGAAACAAGGUGUACUCAAGGAUCCUCGGGCUGCGGCCUCCAAACCUGUUCUACUUCGGCUCCCGCUCCCCUCAGGAGCUGCUGAAAGCGUCAGGCCUUACUCAGAAAUGGGUUUACAGAGAAAUCUCAAACUUUGAGUACCUGAUGCAGCUGAAUACCAUCGCUGGGCGCACGUACAACGACCUGUCCCAGUACCCCGUGUUCCCCUGGGUUCUGUGUGACUACACUUCUCCUAAUCUGGAUCUGGAGGACCCCUCAGUUUUCAGAGAUCUAUCUAAGCCCAUAGGUGUGGUCAACCCACGUCAUGCACAGAACGUCAAAGAAAAGUAUGAGAGCUUUGAAGACCCAUCAGGCACCACCGAGAAAUUCCACUAUGGCACACACUACUCUAAUGCAGCAGGAGUCAUGCACUACAUGAUCCGCAUGGAGCCGUUUACCACCCUGCAUAUCCAGCUGCAGAGCGGCAGGUUCGACGUCGCAGACAGACAGUUCCACUCGGUGGCGGCGGCCUGGCAGGCUCGCAUGGAGAGCCCGGCCGACGUCAAAGAGCUCAUCCCGGAGUUCUUCUACUUCCCGGAGUUCCUGCAGAACAUGAAUGGCUUCGACUUGGGCCGCUUGCAGUUAUCUCAGGACCUGGUGGCAGAUGUGUUGCUGCCUCCCUGGGCGACAUCAAGGGAAGACUUUAUCAGGAAACACAUGAAAGCCCUGGAGUCCGAACACGUGUCCUCCCACCUCCACGAGUGGAUCGACCUCAUCUUUGGAUGCAAGCAGAGAGGAGAAGAGGCGGUGAAAGCGCUCAACGUUUUCUACUACUGCACUUACGAGGGUGCUGUGGAUCUGGACGCCAUUGCCAAUGAGACAGAGCGAAAAGCCUUGGAAGGAAUAAUCAGCAACUUUGGACAGACUCCCUGUCAGCUGCUUAAGGAGCCUCACCCUCCUCGGAUGACGGCCCAGAAUGCAUCUCGGCGGCAGGCCCGCCUAGACAACCUACCAGCAAACAUCUUUGAACACCUCGGCAAACUCCGGCCGUUCGUGGAGGUGGUUAGUGAUGGACUUCCUCUGGUUCAAGCACUGGUACCAAAGAAUCAGAAUCACUCCAUCAUGCAAGGCUCAGACACCUUGGUGACUGUAAGUUCAAGUGGCUUGAUUGGGACACACAGCUGGCUUCCAUAUGACAAAAACAUCACCAACUACUUCACUUUCACUAAAGAUCCAACGAUGACCAAUCCAAAGACUCAGCGUUUCCUGGCGGGACCUUUCUCUCCCGGAGUGGAGCUCAGCGCUCAGGUGCUGGUGGUGUCCAACGACGGUCGUCUGCUGUUCAGCGGGGGACACUGGGACUGCAGCCUUCGCGUCACUCAGCUGGGGAAAGGGAAGCUGGUGGGCAGGAUCUGCCGGCACAUCGAUGUUGUUACCUGCUUGGCUCUGGAUCUGUGUGGCAUCUACCUCAUCUCUGGUUCAAGAGACACGUCCUGCAUAGUGUGGCAGGUUUUGCAGCAGGGCGGAUUCUCCAGCAGCCUGUCGCCUCGGCCUGUGCAGAUCCUCUGCGGACACGACCAGGAGGUGACCUGUGUGGCCAUCAGCACCGAACUGGACAUGGCUGUCUCUGGGUCAAAGGAUGGGACUGUGAUUGUGCACACAGUGCGACGGGGACAGUACCUCCGAACGCUGCGGCCUCCUGGAGACAGCAGCGUACGCGCCCCCAUCAGUGCGCUCCAAGUCGGGAUGGAAGGCCACAUCGUGGUGCAGACGUCUCAGGAGGAACGCUCGCACAGGAAGGGCAAGCACUCCGUUCAUGUUUACUCUGUGAACGGCUGCCUGAUGUCCUCUAUCACCAUGGAGGAGCAGAUGACCGCGCUUCACCUGGUGUCUGAAUACGUCAUCCUGGGGACCGUGCAGGGCAGCCUCCACGUCCGGGAUUUAUUCAGCCUGGAUUCUCUGAUAACACCUCUGGCCUUAAGGGUUGCUGUGAGGAGUGUGUCUGUCACGAAAGAGUUCAGCCACAUACUCGUGGGACUGGAGGACGGGAAGCUAAUAGUGGUGGGGGCAGGGAAGCCUGAAGAGGUUCGCUCCGGACAGUUCUCCCGUCGCCUGUGGGGCUCCACACGCCGCAUCUCUCAGGUGUCGGCCGGUGAAACCGAGUACAAUCCUGCGGAGAAAGUCGGCAAAUAAGAGGAAUUGCGGCUCGAAGACUUUUUCUUAAAAACAAAACUGGGGGAACUUUACUUAUAAGCCACUGAUAUCUCUCUGGGAGAGAAAUUAUACACUGAGCACUUUUUUUAAAAAAAAAAACAUCCUAAAUGUUUUUAUAUUUUAUUGCAGAUUUCUUUAGCAGGUGUGCUGUUUUCAAUCAGCAUCAAUCCAAAGAGUGGCCUUGUUCGUCUGGUUUCUGGUGGAAGAGCUCGGGGCUGGGAGGGGCUUUCAGGCUGUAAACUCAUGAUGGAUCGCGGGAACUCUUUGAGUCACAUUUCAGCGAAAUGACUCACUUUGAUGAACACUUAGACUCAGACAGAAGUGACGCUGUGAAAAUUACCACGACCUUCACCUCUCCCCCAACCCCGAGCGCCAUGCACAGCUCCUUUUGUGCUGGGAUCUCUGCACUCUUUAAAAAAAACAAAAACUCCUAAAGCCAUUGAUUGGCAACAGGAUCUUAAAACUCCUGGAAACUUGAAAGACACAAAAAACGAAACCGCAGUGGACGGCUCUCGAGAUUUCCACGUUGCAAUACUGGUGAAUGCCACAAGAGGGGAGUGUUGGGAGGGAGGAGGCGGAGGGACUGUAGAAAGCUUGUGAACCUCUGCUGUGUUGUGGGUUUUAGUGUUUGACAGAUGCUUCGACUCGCAGCAGUUUAUUGGCCUGCAUUCCUUUUUAGGCUCUGAGAAAUUAAAACCUGUUACAAUUAAAGCAGCCCUGCUUUAAUAGUCGAGUAUGUGAAAGAUAUUCACUUGUUAAAAAUGACAAUUGAGCUUUCAUGUCAGAGGGAGAGAGAGCCUUCUGUUGCCUUAUACACACAAUCGGCCUUUAUGAACAGUUUAAUUCAACGGUUUUAGCGGUUUUGCAUUUUGCCACAUGCCUGUAUCCUUGUUUGAUUUUUAUCGAAUAAGUGCCUUUUUCCCCCCCCUCCUUUCCCAGGACUUGUAAUAAACACUGAAUUCCAAUCAAUGAUUUUACUGUAAGAUGUGACACUUUUCUGCUUCAUUGUGACUCAGAUGUGGAAGAGAUGUUCUGAAUGAAGCCAUGAGUAAACUGUUUUCCGUGUGAAGUUAUUCGCCUGUGUUGCUGUUGUAGUGAAAGAGCAUCUAAAGAAUCUGCAGCAAGUUAAACAGUCCUUGAGGAAACUCU